AUGAUUGACGGUAAUCAGAUAUCUGCGUUUGCUGAGAGAUGGCACGUAGAGACUAGCUCAUUUCACCUGCCAUUUGGUGAAAUGACUAUUACUCUUGACGAUGUUAGGAGUCUUUUGAGCAUCCCAUGUUAUGGAGAGUUUUUCACACCUCCUGCUAAUGUCAAUGAAGAUUUGACAAUUGCUGCUGAUGUUGAGUUAUUGGGAGUUGCUUAUGAUGAAGCUUUAACUGAAACUAAGACCAAUAGAGGUGCCUCAUAUAGUUUUGAGUGGUUGAAAGUUGUAUUUUUUAAGCAACUUCGUGAAGGAAGAUAUGAAUGUACAUUGAGGACAUACCUACUUCAUUUGGUAGGGUGUACCAUUCUAGCUGAUAAAAGUUUUACCGUUGUAUCUGUAAAAUAUUUGUUUCUGUUUCAAGACCUUGAUAUUUGUGGUAAAUGGGCAUGGGGACCAAUUGCGCUUGUUGUUUUAUAUGACUAUCUUAGAGAUAGUAGACUACCUGCAACGAAGCAGAUUGGAGGAUAUUUAUCUCUAUUUCAGGAUAUGAAUGAGCCUAUAUCUUCAAUGCCACAGAUGUUUCGAUGGACUGCAAAACAAACAUCUGGAAACAUUGCAUACUACAUAGCAAAGUUGGAUGCUUUGAGGGAUACUAAUAUUAUUUGGACGCCGAAUUACGAUGAGAACCCUAUGACACGAUUUCAGUUUGUGUCGUUGUUUACAUGA